AUGGCGGUCAGUCCAGCUCGGGUUUUCGCCUCUCUGAUACCGGCCACCGGCGGUGUUUGCGGAAAUAUGGACGAAUUAGAGCACAAUCACACGGCAAAACGGGCCUCUUCACCGUCGCGGAGCCCGGCGAGGCGCGUGGAGGUGACAGGCAGUGCGGAACUGAGUUCCCCGCCGGACAGAGCCGCCCUGACCGUCUCCGUGACUAGCAGCAAAGAAAGCGUCAACGAUGCGGCCAACAGUGUAACUCGCCGGCUGGAGUACAUCCUACAAACCGCCAGACAGCACGGAGUUAAGGAAGAGGACACAGUUGUGACAAAACAUAUUCAAAGAGAAGGCGACCUGUACCGCAUGCAAGCUGAGGUGAGUGUGGUGUUUUCAGACUUUGAGAAGAUGGAGUGUGUGCGCUCUGUGCUGAUUGAAAAGCUGGAUAAAAGUGUGUGUGUUGGGGACCCUCAGUUUUCACACAGUGAAGGGUGCCUCAGUCUGUUAAGAAGACGUGUGUGUGUGGCAGCUGUGGAGACAGCCCGCCUCAAAGCAAAGGAGGUGUGUAAUGUGCUGGGACAGGCUCUGGGACGCCCCCUCCUGGUACGAGAAGAGGAUUCGCGGGAAUGGACGUGUGGCCACCAAGAGUCUGUGGCCCUCCCUCUGACACUACAGCAGAAAGUGGGCCAGACGACUGUGUGGGCCUCAUCACGUGUGUUUGUGACAUUUGAACUGCGGCCUAAAGACGGCACAAGGAAGAACUUAUGACGUUCUCACUCCUGGUGAAAGUCC